AUGCGCACCCAUGAUUGGCGAUGGGUAGCAUCGCAAAAGACCCAGGCUACUUCUGCGAAAAUCCGACCUGAAUGGCUGCUGUCAUUGGAAGUCAAGAAGGAGGCUGCGUCUCGUCUCGACAUUACUGGAUCCUUCAUUCGUGGCCUAAUGUCUGGGCGAGAGCGCCUUAUUACCGAGGCCAGUACUGUUGACCUGGCGCAUAGUCUACAGCAGGGAGAGUACACUGCAACAGAAGUCUGCCUUGCUUACUGCAAGAGGGCGGCAUUUGCUCAUCAGUUGAACAACUGUCUUCAUGAGAUAUUCUUUGACGAUGCGAUCGAGCUUGCGCGUGUAUAUGAUGAUUACUACAUGACUAAUGGCAAGACAAUUGGUCCUUUACAUGGGCUUCCUGUCAGCCUCAAAGAUCAAUUCCAUGUCAGGCAUGCCGAGACAACUAUGGGCUACGUUGGCUGGGUGGGGACUUUUGAAGGUAAGAAGGGCACCGGGAGAGAAUUUCACGACGAGAGCCAAAUAGUCGAGGAGCUUCGGAGUCUGGGAGCCAUCUUCUACUGCAAGACCAGCUGCCCUCAAACUUUGCUACUUGGGGAAACUGUGAAUAACCUCAUUGGUAGCACAAUGAAUCCUGUUCAUCAAAUGCUUUCUUGCGGUGGUUCCAGUGGUGGAGAAGCGGCACUCAUGGCUCUUGGUGGUAGCUCGGUUGGGCUAGGUACAGACAUAGGUGGCUCUGUCCGGAUACCUGCAGCGUUCUGUGGCGUUUAUGCUAUCAAACCAUCAUUCGGGCGCUUCUCUUACCGAACGGUCGCAAAUACGACUCCAGGACAGACAUUGGUGCCUUCUGCGAUUGGGUUUCUGUCAACGACCCUACCUGCUCUGGAACUCAUAAUGAAGUCAGUCUUGUCAACACAGCCUUGGCUUCGCGAUCCAGAUGUUGUGGAGAUUCCUUGGCGUGACGGUCUUUCUCCCUGUAGGCCGAAACUCUGCUUUGCAGUACUACGGAAUGAUGGAAUGGUCACUCCGCAUCCUCCUAUCGCACGUGGUAUCGAUAUUGUCGUAGAGGCAGUCAAAAAGGCGGGGCACGAGGUUGUUGAGUGGAACCCACCGUCACAUGCGGACGGCACAUAUCUGCACGUAAGUCAUCAAUUCAUGGCAGCAGAUGGUGGACAGCAUAUCUGGAAGCAGCUGAACAUACUUCGUGAGCCACUUAUUGACGGUAUGACCGGAGAUUAUGGAGGUGGUCCCUUCGAGCCGAUGCCACUUCUUGAGUAUCAAGAUAAAGGACUGCGCGUCAAAGCAUAUCGUGCACAGUAUGACCAGUACUGGAACUCAACAGCUGCCACAACAAGCACAAACACCCCAGUAGAUGCCGUGAUCAUGCCCGUUGCGCCUCACGCUGCAGUACUCCCUGACAAAUAUUUCCAUUACGGCUACACAACAAUUGUGGAUCUUCUGAACUACUCCGCGGUGUCUUUCCCAGUCACCAAAGCUGAGGAGGCGAUCGACCAACCAGACCCUGACUUUAAGCCCAUGAAUGACGACGACCUGGAGAACUGGGAAGCUUACGAUGCCAAAAAAUACGACGGAGCCCCUGUUGGUGUGCAAAUAAUGGGUCGACGAUUCGAUGAAGAACGCCUUCUCGGAAUAGCAAGGCAUGUGGACGGUCUCCUUGCCUCUCGAUAA